AGCAAACAUCCUUCAAAAGUUUAAUAUAUACUGGGAAACUGCUGAUCAGAAGAUGGGUCAGGAUUACUACACUGUCCUGGGCAUUAUUAGGAAUGCAACGAACGCGGAUAUUAAGAAAGCGUAUCGUAAAUUGGCACUGAAGUACCACCCAGACAAAAGUUCAGAUCCAUGUGCAGAGGAUAAGUUCUUACAAAUUGCAGAAGCGUAUGAUGUUCUAAGUGAUUUAAAAAAGAAAGCAACCUAUGAUAAAUUUGGUGAGGAGGGUUUGAAAGGAGGGAUCCCUACUGAAUUUAGUGAAACUGGCGCUUGGACAACCGGAUAUACCUUUCAUGGAAAUGCCAACAAAAUCUUCAGGGACUUCUUCGGUGGAGAUAAUCCAUUUGCAGAUUUUUUUGAUUCAGAAGGAGAUGUAAGUUUGGGAUUUGGAGGGCUACGAGGCCGAGGAGUUAAGAAACAAGAUCCCCCUAUCGAAAAGGAUCUCUAUUUGUCUUUAGAAGAUUUAUAUCAUGGAUGCAUGAAGAAGAUCAAAAUUUCACGCAGGGUUAUGAAUGAAGAUGGUCACACUUCAAGUAUUAAGGAUAAGAUCCUGACCAUUCAGGUUAAACAAGGCUGGAAACCAGGAACUAAAAUCACAUUCCCAAAAGAAGGAGACCAGGGUCCAAAUAACAUUCCAUCAGAUAUUAUCUUUACUGUGAAAGAAAAACCACAUCCGUGGUUCUGUCGACAAGAAAAUGAUCUAAUUUUCUGUGCUCCAAUUUCCUUGGCAAAGGCUCUAACAGGUCACACCAUUGAAAUUGAGACACUUGAUGGCAGAUUUCUCAGCAUCCCAAUCAAUGAUAUUGUCCAUCCAAAAUAUACCAAAGUAGUUCCAGGAGAAGGAAUGCCGUUAUCAAAAGAUCCAUUACAAAAGGGAAAUCUCGUGAUUCAGUUUAACAUUCACUUUCCAGAAAAGCUCACACCAGCAAAGAAGAAGUUGAUUAAUCGAGCAUUGCAAAUAUAACGUCAACAAUAGUAAAAGGAAGUCAGUUAUUAAAGGGUCAGGACCAUGCAAUUAUCUUUUUGUAUUGAAAUAUAGUGCAUUAAUGUAUCUGUGACAUAAGUGGAUGGUAUGUUUAUGAAUGGGAGUUAUUGAAGCAAACUUUUCUUGUUUUGUGUUAUGUGUAACAUUUCCUAAAAGUGUUGAUGAAUUAUGCUGAAACCCUACUGUAAAAAUUGCACAAUUAUAGUCUGCUGAUUCAUGGUCUCCCUGUCAAAGAACAAGUUGUACAACAGUAAAGAUAUUUAUUUGGAACUGAAAAUAAGAAUUGUGAACUUAAAUUUCUCAUCUUUGUUUUCAAAUUCUUAACCUUCCUUUUAUACGUGAUGCCCUUAAAUCCCACAACCUUCCUAAAUAUCUACACUCCUCCAAUUCUGGCCUCUUGUACAUCUCUGAUUUUAAUUCCUCAGACCAGUUUUUAAA